GAAACUUAGACAAGAGACCUCCCAGUCCGAAGUUACCGGGGAAAGAAACCGUGGCCGAAGAUGUCGAUGACGUCCCAAUGAGCCCUACGUCACCGUUACGUGACGUCAACAUCACGGAAGUUCAAGAUCACCUUUACAUCGGUGACCUUGAAGCAGGGUACAACGAGCAGCAGCUCUGUCGUUACGCCGUGGACUGUAUCCUUGACCUUUCGAACUUGACCUCUAAGGAGGUCCUUGCCCAGCAGAUAAAGAGAUGUCCGUGUACGUGUCCCAUGUCGAGCAAACACGCACGCGCCAAGUUGAACGUCCACAUCGAGGACAAGGAUGACGUUGACAUCGAGCCUUAUUUGGAAGAAAUCAACACCUUUAUCGAGUCUGCGCGGAAGAAAGGAAAGCGGGUAUUGGUCCACAGCGUCCACGGGAAAUCUCGCGCAGCCGCAGUGGUCAUUCAGUACUUGAUGACGCACCAGGGUAUGAGCUUGCGCGAUGCGUUCCUUAUGCUGAGAAAAUGUCGGCCGAUAGACAUGGCGAGAGGGCUCUGCAAAACUUUGGAGAAACUAGAGGUUCGCCUCUUUAACUUGGCGAAACCGACAGUAUCUUUACUGAACGAACCUGGUCGUAUACAGGCAUGGGCAUAACAUCGUUUAUAAUGUAUCGCGAGAAUACACGAGAGGAUUCAGAAUCUCGACAAUUAUCGCGAGACUAUUAGCGAAACUCGUGUUGUCUGGUCAGCUUAAAAUCCCAACUGUGACGUUCACAUAUGACACGUUGUGCUGUAUAUUUUGCCAGACACCUUGGAGUACGGACUUCAGAUGACCAGAAUACCCAUAAAAUGUUCAUAAUAUUAUUCAAAUAGCAGUGAUGUCAAUUCUUUUGGAGUAUAACGUAAGUCGAUGAAGGUGUAAAAAGCUUUCUCUUAAGGAGAUGUUUAAAUUGCUCUCCAGAGUUAUAUUUCCACUAAAACAGCACCGGGAGCUUAUUCCACAUACAGGUAUAGCACUGACCAAUUUGCAGUUUGGCAAAAUCGCUGAAGUUGAAAAAUGAAACCAAUUGUAUAAAUGAUCAUACUAAGCCUGUUGCCGACUGUGCCGAAUCCCAUUUUAUAUUGUCUUCUCUUUGAGAUAAUUGUCCCGAUAAACUGUUUUGAAUGGGAACGUCGAUUCGCGAUUCUUACAACUGAUGGAAUGGGGGUAGAUAAGGAUUUUCUUGUAUGAGUACCCAGAUCUUUCAUUGCCGUGUACGUGCCAAACCACACGUAGCACCCAUUAUAUAUUUUAUUGCCUAUUUUUGCCAACUUGCUGAAAGACAAUAUCACAGAAAAAACUAACAGAGUAGCCAUUAAUAUCACGACUCUACUCUAGAGCAACAUGAUGUAGAGUAGAUAUUCAUAUUCUAAUGUUGCAAAAGAGACUUGAC